AUCGCGGCGGCGUGCUCCGCCUCCACCCGGAUCGGAUUUGACCUAAUUCGGCCAAUGUCCAACCUUCAAAGAGGACAGCCAGCAGCCAAAAUCGAGGGCACCUCUCUCACAAGUCACCUCGAAGACGAUCUGCUACGUGGGCCAAAAACUCGACGACAGCUAUAAAGUGUUCAGCUUCACAUCAUCAUCUAUCACCUACGAUGCAGAAGAUCACAUCCGCUCUCGGCUCAUUCGAGAUUCUCGACAAAGAUGAGUCUCUGAAGUCCAGCCACAAAGAUUCGCCAUAUGACUGGGACCCACCUUACUGGUUGCCCAAUCCACCACCAAAAGAUGUCGACGUUGAAGCGACUCCCUGGAUCAGGCCACCUCAAGCUGCUAUGAGUAUCGUCGGUGUCAAUGUCAUCGACGUCGAGAAUAGCAAAGUUCUCGAGAAGAUGACAGUCAAAAUCAAGGAUGGAAAUAUCAUCUCUAUUGCAAAGUCUCAAACAAAAGAUAUGCAGGAAGAUGGAUACGCCAGCGUGGAUGCUUCUGGACUGUACAUGUGUCCUGGUCUCAUCGAUUGCCACACUCAUCUUACGGCGACUCCCGGUGGGACUGCCGCAGGAGGUUUACGACCACACUCCGAAACUCUGACUGCUUUACAGUCCACUUGGGUGCUCAAGGGAAUGCUCGCUCGAGGUUUCACGACCAUCAGAGAUGUUGGGGGAGCCAACAGACAUUACAAGGACGCUACUGCUCAGUGGCUAAUACCUGGGCCGCGAAUCUUGCAAGGAGGGCCAGUAGUCUCGCAGAGCGGUGGUCAUGGAGACGAAGGGAAUCCAGAUGAUGACAUCCCGUGCUGCCCUAUUAAUCCUACCCGAGCUUCCAACACUGUCGGUAUUGUAGCUGAUGGUUACGACGCAUGUCUCAAGGUGGCCCGAAAACUCAUGAUGGCAGGAGCAGACCAUAUCAAAAUUUGCUCGUCUGGUGGGGUGGCAUCGCUCACCGACAAGCUCGAAUCGAGUCAAUUCACUGUUGCUGAGAUCAAAGCCAUCUGCGACACAUGCCGAAUGAUGGGAGGCACUCUCGUCACAGCUCACUGCUUCACCUCUGAGGGCGCCAGGAACGCCAUUGAGGGAGGUAUAGGGGGCAUCGAGCAUGGUAAUCUCAUCGAUGAGGACACCCUUCGACUGAUGGCGAAGAAGGGUAUCCAUUAUACCCCAACUCUGAUCGUCUGCGACCUCCUGUCGCGACCUCCCUUUAACAGCAUCAUUCCUCCAGUGUCGAGGGAGAAAUUGACUCACGUUCAGAAAAUGGGUUUUGUCACGCUAAAAAAGGCGCACGAAGUCGGCGUCAACAUUGCUUAUGGUACCGACUGCUUCUCCAACAUGCAACCGGUGCAGCUGUCCGAGUUCGAUCUGAGAGCGUCAGUACUUCCUUCUCCGGUUGUCCUCAAGCACGCCACAUGCAAUGCUGCCAAGGUGAUCAAGAUGGAGGGCAAAGUUGGGUGCCUGAAACAAGGAUCAUUCGCAGACUUCUUGCUCCUCUCGUCGAACCCGCUGGAAGACGUCACUAUCCUCAGCAAGCCGAAGGAAUACCUUCAGGGCAUCGUCAAGGACGGACGAUGCGUUCACAGUCGUGUCAAGGGGUUGAGAGUCGAGGUAUCGCUCGUGUAAUGUUUCGGAUUACCAUGUUCCGGUUGUCUUGCAAUUCAGUUAUCAAGUCAGAAAAAGCUUAGCAGUCAGUUUUUCCAGUCAAAUCCCUCCAUCUCCAGGUAUGCAUGCUAUUGUAACCC